AUGCAGACUGCUCUGCAAAAUGAAAAGCAACAGGUGCGAGCAAAACAUGAUUAUAAAAAGGAACAGGACAACAACUCAACUGAUAACAACUCAACAGGGGAUCUCAACACAUUUUUUUUUUACCGCUACAUAACCAAAGCAGCGUCGCGCAACCUUUUCUUCUCGGCAGUGGCAGCCUGCAACAACGGGAGACAGGAUACUUCCACACACACUGGCAUCUGCGAACUCGAGCUGAGGCUAAUACCUAGUUGUGUCACUGGAGCACAAGACUCUAAAAUUAUACAAGCCAAGCCAUCUGCAGAAGAACAACAGAUGCACAUUCAGGCAAGACAAAGCAGCAAACAAAGUAUAAAGGUAUGCCAAACGCACGACUGCAAAACAAAAAACACAAAACCUGAUCUUCUCUUCAAAAUAGAUGACGGCAAAACGCGACAGCCUGGGUCUAGCACGUUAGCAGAGCCAUCCACAAGGCCCGACUGCAAUUCACCAAUGCCACCAUCAAACGGCGCUGAUCGAGCCCUUGCUUUUUUAAACCGCCACCUAGCCAAGGCAGCCUCCCGCGGCCAUUUUUUAGAGGCGGCAACAGCCUGCAAUCCAGGGGCGCAGUCUCCUUCAUUCAAACCUUCUACUGGCUGGAAAACAACCAAACGAUUAGAGACUAACAAACAAAAAGCGCAAACAACAACUGAAAAAGAGCAACCAACAUUCAGACAGAAAGCAACGACACUACACCCAAUCCAAAAUUGA